AUGAAUGUUACAGCUGUUGUGAAGUCCAAAGUCUGUGAAUAUGAUAUUGUAGGCACAUCUGAUCAUUGUGCCAUUGAGAUGGUCAUAUCUGUCAAUCAGUAUAUUCCUAAAUCCACUACUGGAAAAAUGGUCUGGUUGAAAUCCAGAGCCAAUUGGGAUCCCAUUAAUGAAGCUUGUCAGGCGCUUCAUAUUUCAGAUGCUAUAUUUGAUCCUGAUCCCAAGAAGUUCAGUGACAUGCUGAUGGCUAUUUUAAUUAGCCAAGUCUCUGGAAAGGUCACCAACUUUAGGACAAAUGGCCAGCCAGGAACUUGUCAUAUAGUCGAGAGAAAUUACAAUAAUUCCUUGAAGAGGAAAAUUGAAGGAAUUACUCAACCUCAGCUGUGGUGGACCCAAUUGGCAUCAUCUGUCUAUGGGUCAUACUCUUCUUCCAUUCCACCACUACUAACAGAUGAUUGUAGAUUGGUUACUGGCCCUAGAGAAAAGGCUGAGUUGCUUCAGCAAGCUUUUGAAACAAAGCAAUCAGCUGAGGAUGUCCCUUUCCCUGAUACUUUUCACCCUGAAUCUCUUCUUACAAAAUUUGCAUUUCGCUCCAGGGACGAUAAGAGAAUUCUGGAUAAUCUUUAUAGCUGGAGUGGAGAAAACCCUGAUGGGUUCGUCCCUUUUUUUUUUUUUAGGGUGUUGGCUCCCAAGUUUAGCAGAUUUUAUAGAUUUUUAUGUCGACGUAGUAUCUUUGUGGAUGAGUGCAAGUUUAAGAAUACAGAGCCUGUUCCAAAGAGUGGCAUAUCUGCAGGCUGCAGUAACUACAGGCCAAUCUCUAUCACUACUCUCCCUGUGUUAUUCAAAAUAGCUGAAAAACUUAUUUUUAAGUCACUAUAUAAAUAUAUUGAGUCUAAAGGAUUGUUAGCUGAUAGUCAAUAUCCUUAUAGGAAGCGGCUAGGUACCUGCUAUGCUCUUUUAGUCUUAACACGUCAUUUGCAAGGCAAGAUUGAUAAGGGUUUUGAGUGUAGAGUAAUUCAGAUAGAUUUUAGUGCUGCUUUCGAUUUAGUAAAUCACAAGGCACUUAGUGUUCAUAAACUUCACAAUCUUGGAGUGGGUCGAUAA